GUGAGUUGUAACGGCUCAGAUCUCCUUCAUCGUUUUUCCCAAAGGAAAUUUAGAGUUUCUUCUGUUACUGUUUUUUUUACAUUUGAAUCUGCCAAGAAGCUCUACCGUUCCAUGAUAUUACCCACCCGCUCGUAGACGCAGAUUGAGAUUAAGGUAGACAUGGAGGGGUUGCCGACGACGACGACGACCAAGGCUGAUCGGCGAUGGAGAUCGAAGCCUCUACAGACAUCCAAGCCCUCGUUGCUCUUGGCCUUCCUCUCUUGCGUCGCCUGGCUCUACAUCGCCGGCCGGCUAUGGCAAGAUGCGGAGAACAGAACAGUACUUGCCAAUCUUCUGAAGAAGAACUCAGAACAGAGACCAAAGGUUCUUACGGUUGAAGAUAAGCUGAUGGUCCUAGGGUGCAAAGAUCUAGAGAGAAGGAUUGUGGAAGUGGAGAUGGAAUUGACAUUGGCUAAGAGUCAAGGAUACCUUAAAAACCAAUUACAACAAAGUGGAUCUUUGUCAGAACAAAAGCUUCUUGCUGUUAUUGGCGUUUAUACUGGAUUUGGCGGUCGCUUGACUCGAAAUACCUUCAGAGGGUCUUGGAUGCCCAAAGGUGAUGCCCUGAAAAAACUCGAGGAAAGGGGAGUAGUCAUACGAUUUGUAAUUGGUCGAAGUGCUAAUCGGGGUGAUAGCUUAGAUCGUAAUAUAGAUGAGGAAAAUCGCGCGACAAAGGAUUUCUUGUUUCUUGAGGGCCAUGAGGAGGCUCAGGAGGAACUGCCUAAAAAAGCAAAGUACUUCUUCAUUACUGCUUUUCAAAAUUGGGAUGCGGAAUUUUAUGUAAAAGUUGAUGACAAUAUUGACGUUGACCUUGAGGGGUUGAUUGGACUUCUUGAAAAACGUCGUGGUCAAGAUGGUGCUUAUAUCGGAUGCAUGAAGUCUGGAGAAGUGGUUUCUGAAGAGGGAAGGCCAUGGUAUGAACCUGAUUGGUGGAAAUUUGGAGAUGAGAAAUCGUACUUCCGGCAUGCGGCUGGUUCACUUAUUAUUCUUUCCAAAAAUUUGGUUCAGUAUAUCAGCGUAAACAGCGCAUCACUGAAGACUUACGCUCAUGACGAUAUCUCUGUGGGAUCUUGGAUGAUGGGUGUCCAAGCGACCCAUAUAGAUGAUAAUCGCCUUUGCUGUAGUAGCAUCAGACAAGAUAAGGUGUGUUCUGUGGCUUGAUCAGAGAAGAUAGCUACUUUCCAUCAGUGUAAAGGCCAACAGUUGCUCAGUUGUCAGCUUGAGUAUCGAUGAAACUCUGGAGGAUCUCUAUUGCUUCUGCAACAACUUGUUGGUACCCAUUUCCGAGAUAGAGCUGCGGGAAGUGAUUUCUGGAGUUUUUAGCUCGAUUAUUCUUUCAGAUGCACAGAUCGGAAACAAAAUUUUUCUAGGAUAUAUUUACAGGCUAACUAAACUGCACUGCUCAAUUGUUGCGUCAAUAUUUCAUUUUUUCAGCUCGAGUAUCAUGUGUUAAAUCAAUUUCCCAGCAGAUCUCUAUAGUUCCCCUCCUAACAGCUGUUCCCAGCAGCUUGAGUGUCAGAUUGCAUAACAUACCCUUAAAUUAGAAGAGAGCUCUCUAAUAUUGGACUCCCUUAUUCAAGGAUUUAUAUUUUAUACUCUAGUGUGAAAGAGGGGAUUCGUGAUAAAAUGAUAAAUUUAUA